GUCACAACAAGUUCGGGAUAGCGUAGAAAGGCUAUUAGCUAAUUCAAGCACCCUUUGUCCAAAGCCUCAGUGACGAGCUGCACGACGAAGUAGGCCACAUAGGCAGUUGUUUUGGGCUUGUUUGCUCUCCAAACCACAAUUCUUCGGACUUGCAUUUGGGAUACUUUGACUACCUCUGGCCUUUUCUUUGGAUGCUCUUGAAAAUCCUCCAUACGUCAACAUAGCGUUCAAAUAGGGCAAGGAUUUGCAAAUGAAAUGUUGUUUAUUCAUCGUGUGAUGUGACCCCAAAUCCACAAUGUGUGAGGACAUUUAGUUCGGAAGAAAACAAUUCUUGAUUCCAGUGGAAUCUUUCAUAUAUAUUAUUAUUAUUAUUCUAUUCUUUUUCUGUCAUAGUUUAUACACCUUUGCACGCACUAGUCCCCAAAAGCAGCCCACCCACCCACAUAUAAUCUUCAUCAUGCCAGUUCAAGCGCCACAGUGGACAGAGUUCCUGCUCUGUCCCAUCUGCACACAGACAUUUGAGGAGACGGUUCGGCGGCCCAUCAGUUUGGGCUGCGGUCACACCGUCUGCAAGAUGUGCCUGAACAAGCUGCACCGCAAGGCCUGUCCCUUCGACCAGACGGCCAUCAGCACGGACAUCGAGCAGCUGCCGGUCAACACAGCCCUGCUGCAACUGGUGGGAGGCCAGGUUCCUAAGGCCCAGCCAGUGGCCUUGAUUAGCAGUCCCGAGGACUCUCAGCAUUAUGAGGAGGCCAGGCAAUGUGUGGAGGAGCUGGCCCUCUACCUGAAACCCCUCAGCAACACACGAGGGGUCGGUUUGAGCAGCACAGCGCAAAGUAUGCUGAGUCGACCCAUGCAGAGGAAACUGGUCACUCUGGUCCACUGCCAGCUAGUGGAGGAAGAAGGCCGCGUGCGGGCCAUGAGGGCCGCACGCUCCCUGGGCGAGCGAACCGUCACGGAGCUCAUCUUGCAGCACCAGAACCCCCAGCAGUUGUCCUCCAAUCUGUGGGCUGCUGUCCGUGCGCGCGGGUGUCAGUUCCUUGGCCCAGCGAUGCAAGAAGAGGCCCUGAAACUGGUCCUUCUCGCACUGGAGGACGGCUCGGCUCUGUCCAGGAAGGUUUUGGUUCUCUUUGUGGUCCAGCGGCUGGAACCUCGCUUUCCGCAGGCCUCCAAGACGAGCAUAGGUCAUGUGGUGCAGCUUCUCUACAGGGCCUCCUGCUUCAAGGUGACCAAACGUGACGAAGAUUCAUCCCUCAUGCAACUGAAGGAGGAGUUCCGCACUUACGAGGCUCUGCGGCGUGAGCACGACUCUCAGAUUGUGCAAAUUGCCAUGGAGGGCGGCUUGCGCAUUGCACCCGACCAGUGGUCUUCUCUCUUGUAUGGGGAUCAGUCCCACAAGUCACACAUGCAGUCCAUCAUAGAUAAGCUGCAGACCCCAGCAUCCUUUGCCCAGAGUGUCCAAGAGCUCACAAUCGCCCUGCAGAGGACCGGCGACCCAGCCAACCUUAACAGGCUGCGGCCUCAUCUGGAACUGCUCGCCAACAUCGAUCCCAGCCCCGACGCUCCCCCGCCCACCUGGGAGCAGCUGGAGAAGGGCUUGGUGGCGGUGAAGACGGUUGUGCAUGGCCUAGUGGACUUCAUCCAGAACCACAGCAAGAAAGGGGCUGACCCUCAGCAGCCUCCACAGCACAGCAAGUACAAGACGUACAUGUGUCGUGACAUGAAACUGAAAGGAGGCUGUCCCCGCGGAGCGAGCUGCACCUUUGCUCACUCUCAGGAAGAGCUGGAGAAGUAUCGAAAGAUGAAUAAGCGCUUGGCGGCUCGCCUGCCCGGUUCAGGCGGGCCCGAAGAAGGCCUUCCCCUCGACGUGUCCGUGACCAGGAAGCCUUCGCCCCUCACCAACGGGAGCGUUGCGCCCAACCUGCCUCAGCUCAUCGCGCGCGGCGCAGACACAGUCCCGUACGAAUUGCUGCGGAAGCCCCUCAAGAUGGACGGAGGGUGCGCUAGUGCCCCGGGAUCACCACCUGACCUCCUGGACCCCAUGCCCAAGACUGGUAUGCCUCUGCCACCUCAUGCCCUGGCUCACCCACGGAUGCCUUCAGAUCAUCUCUCCGGCGUGAAGCAAAUGCCUGUUGCCCGAGGCUCGCCCGUGUACCCCCAGCAGCAGCUCCCCGAGAUGUUCUACUCGGACGCGCGCCCGCCACCCUCUGCUUCCCAGUAUGAGCCAUCGCAGUAUCCUCCAGGGUACCCCUACCAGCAGCCACCACAGUAUGUUUCUCGGGAUUACAUCCGUAACCCUCCGCCCCCGAGCGAGUCAGGACCCCCUUACCACGACCCGUACCCUGGUUACGGGCCAUCGGAGCGCCCUUACCAGGCUCCUCACUCGGGUCCUCCCUUUUCGUACCCUCACCCAUCGCACUAUGAACGUGUACGUCACGGGACCUACGCUGGGCCGCCGCCUCCUCCGCCGCCGCCUCCUCCGCAGCCUUACCUGUCACCGAGGGAUGGUCUGGUCAGGAUAAGCUCUACUACACCGUUGGAUGUUCCCCCGCAGUCAGCCGGACAGGCUACCUCCAUGUACCACCACCCAGAGCCCAGUGUGCGCGAUCGAUACCCACCGGAAGGCUACUACCCUUCAGGAGCUCAAUCGCAACCCAUGAGGACUUGUGUCAGGGCUUCGUAUGCCGGCUCCCAGCCCAGUCUGGACUAUCUCCACCGCCGUCGCCUGGAGCUCCUCUCCCAGCUGGAGGAAAGGAAAGUUAUUUCUCCACCGCCAUUUGCAGCCUCCCCUACUCUCUCGCAUCCGUUUCCAAGCGACUAUCCCCCUGAGUACGGCGACGAGCGUACCAACAGCAUCGGGAAAUGCAGAGAGCCAGACUACGCCGGCCAAUACUCUCCAUGGUCGUGCGAUACCAUUAGCUCCUACAUCGGCACCAAGGAUGCCAAACCCAAAGAUGUUCUGGCUCCCGGUGCCAUGGACAUGAUGAAUGUGGACGCGAAGGUUCUGAGGGAACCGUCGCUGGAGGCCCCCCGGAGGGGUGCAGAAGUCAAGGACGACGACCCCAUUAUCCCGUUUGGUCCCCAGCCCACAGUGUCGCGCUUUGGCGCCAUCUCCCGUACCUCCAAGACGGGUUACCAGACCGGCCCUGUCCAAGCUAUGGUCUCCACCCCACAGAACCCAAACUCUAAACACAUGUCCAUGGCCGAAUACAUGUAUGGAAGCCAUGCGGGUUGGGGCGGAGCUUCGUACCCCUCCCACCAGACAGCCCAGGAAAGAGAACAGUUAAAGAUUGAGCUGCAGCAGGUCAACCAGCAGAUCAGCCAACAGACACAGAUGCAAAGCAUUGAGUCUGCCAGUAAGCUGCUGCAGAGAGAGACCAGUGCUCUAGCAGGCCCGCCGCCGCCAGUGAGCAGCAGCCAAGUUCAGGCUGCCGCCGUGCAGUCGCAGCAGUCCCUCAAGUGGCCAACGGGGGGGGCCAGUGCUGCGGCCGCAGUCUCCAGUGAACAGCUGAGCCUGGAGCUCCACCAGGUGGAGAGAGAGAUUGGGAAACGCACUCGUGAAAUGGCCAUGGAGAACCAAGUCGCCCACGAGGUUCAGCAGUACAAGAUGAAAUCGGCUGAGAAUGGACAACCAGAGCACAAGACCCAACUGGAAGAAAUCUCCCUUGCUCUCGGUGAGGUGUCAAACGGCUCCAGUAGUCUGCAAGAAGGUGCAGUGGGCGGGUCCAUGCUGUCACUGACAAACAAGACGUCGACGUUGAGCCUGUGUUCUGACCCAGUCGGGACGAGCUCAGAAAUGCAGAAGAACGGGGUUGUCCAUUCCUGCUCUUAAGCAGUACACGCACGCACGCACGCACGCACGCACGCACACACACUUACAAACACACGCUCUGUUGAAAAGCAUGCACCAGGCAUACAUACACAUUCUAUUUAGAAGAUGAGCAGUAUCUGCCGUGAUAUGAAUUUUCUUUCUUUUUGUUCUGUGAAUGAGCUUUUUUUUUUUUUUUUUUUUUUUUUUUUUUUUUAUGACUUUCCUUGCCUGGAAACCAUGGCAUAAGAUAACAUUUCUUUGUGUGUGUUUUUGUUGUUCCUUCUCUCUCUCCCCUCCCCCUUGGAUUCUAGACUUAACAAGGCUCACAUUCAGGAAGAGCAACAGGGUGGUGAUGGUGACAGUACCGCUAAAAAGCGAGGGAUUCAGUCAUCCCCCUCUGCCCCUCCCACUCUCAAGAUUCAUGUCACACGGCGUGCAAAAAAACGAACAAACCGGUUAUCGAGGCAAGCGGCCUCCAGAAUGUAGCGUCACACUAAUGCGCGGAGAAGAGCAGCAGCGGCCGGCGCGGCGCAAGUUGUCCCUCGCUCCCAGAAUCGUAAAGAAAGAAAGAAAGAAAGAAAGAAAGAAAGAAAAGUGCUCGCACAGAUCCAGAUGGUCUGGGAAGGGAAAGAACGCCACCUGACCGCCACGAGAAGCAUGAUUUCGUUGAUUUUUUUUAAUGAAUGCAUUUUUAGGAUGGACUACUCGUGCUAUGUCUUUUUGCAUACUUAACAGCAGUAUAUUAAAUAUUUAAUGGAAGCAUUCUGUUUUAAAGAUUGCAACUUUCUUGAUAAGGGAAUGUGCUUCUUCCUCACCGUGGUCACAAUAAUGUACUCCACCAAAAAACAAAAAGUGCUUUGGCUGAAUGCAUAUCUUCAGGGUCAGAAGUCAUCUUCCUCCAUCAGGGUCAAUUUUGACUGAUGAGCCUUUCCCUCCUCAGAGCUUCUCGUCUGGCCACUCACACACUCACAAAACAAGACCAACAACAAAAACAAAAGCCUCCCCAUUGGGAUGAUUUCGUCAAGUGGUCGCCUAACUUCUAUGAAGUUGCCUUCCCCCCCCCCCCCCCCCUUUUUUUUUUUUCCCCCUCUUUUUGUUUUGUUGCCAUGCUUUACAUUACGAUUUUGGGGGACAGGGAAAGUGUUUGGUGUGCGCUCAUCAGGAAGUGGCAGCAAAUAGUUUCCAGUGUCUUUUAGGAAUCAUAAGACGCUCCAAAACUGUCAUCAUCGCCACUCGGCGAGUCUCGCUCUCCGUUUACGCGUUUACUGUUCCCGCUAAACCCGCCCGCUUUUAACCCCGCUGGCAAGCGCUACAUUUAUCGUUUAGGUACACAGCUCACUUAUACAUACGAGUAUGUAUCCCUCCCUCCCUCCAUCCAUCCAUCCAUUCAUAUACUAAAAGCACAAUUAAGGUGCCACCUCUUCUUCUACUCGCUCAACAUUUAUAUUAAAUGAUCUCUACUUUAGAAUCAGCAAGAUGUUUAUUUUGGUUUGCUUUGUUGUUUUGGUUUGAAAUUUCUGUCCACUGGUUGCCAACACAGACGUUAUCCUUUCCCAGACGAAGGACUUUCUGUGCGCAUUUGACGUGUGUUCACUUUAAUCUUUUGUGUUCAAACAAAGAUAAGACUAUGCUUCCGAAGAAGACAAAAUCGAUUCUGUAACUUUGCAGGGGGGAGAAUUUUUCUUUUGGGAGACUUUAAUGGAGCUUUGUGUGUGUGUUAGUUGUAUUGUAGAAAAUCUCUCUCCACUUUUUCCCCCUGCUUUUAUUUGCUCUGCCCUCAAGUUAUGCUGUAAUGAACGAAAAACAAAAACGGUCAAUCCUGCACCCCCUCAGGAAGUUGACAGAUCCUCCUGUUUUCCGAAUAUUAAAGCCCGAAUGGUAUGAUAAUGCAGCGUCCCAAGGACCCCUUUUCAAACAGUGCAAUACUGCCAAAACAAAUUGAGACUUUUUAAAAAUGCAUAGUUUGAAGCAGCUAUUCUUGUCCAAGCAGGAUUUGUCGUUUCUUUUUUUUUUUUUUUGGCUUGCUACAAUAGAACGAAUAUUGUGACCUGCUCCAAGAAGAUCACAUUUUCCUUUUGUUGUUUUUGCUCUUGAGAUCUUCCUGUCACUUUAUUCAAGUGCAAGUCAACCAAAACAAUUCAAACAGUUUGGAUAAUGUCUCAUUUGGGGCUGUACUACAUACAUAGCCCUCCACUCUCCAACUUUUCUUUAAACCACUGAGCUCUGUUACUGCUGUUUGAGGCUCGUGUUGUACUUUGCAAUGGAAUUUGCAAAAUGAUUUAUUUUUAUUUUUAUUAUAGCUUCCCUUGUAACAAAAAAAAAAAAAAAAAAAGGAUCAUAAAAAUCUCUUAAAUUAAGGUACAGGUUUAAUUUCAGCAAGGAAAAAAGGUUUUAUAUGUAUAUUAUACUCCAUUAAGGAAUGUCUAGAAUUAUCUUCCUCCAAUGUGGAUGUAGCCAUUACGACGCCAUUUUGACUUUGUAAGAGAAUUCACUGUGUGAAAAUUGGUUUGCAUUUUUGUAUAAUACAAUCUGCUUUUUUGUUUGUUUGUUUGAUACGAGCAAGAGGUCAAACUGGAAGUUUGAGGAGGAAAGAAAAAAAUUGAACCUGUGAAAUUUGACACAAAAUGUAACUUAUGUACUACAGUGAUUCCGAGUUUAGGGGGAAAAGAUUAAAUGAGAUUUCUAACUCUC